CCACCCUUUUUCGUCGUUGCGCGAGUCGUUGGAAGAGAUGGAGCAUUUGAACUUUGGAAACAACGCCUCGUCCGCCUCUGCGAAGUGUCUGCCACAGAGCCUCUCGGAAAUACAUACUACUGGGGUCAAGAUCUCGACGGUGAGCCAGACACUCUUUGGGGGUUAGAAGGCUACUCGCACGCGGUCGGUUUCUUCAUCGGACAUCCCUCCAGCCAGGUUUUCAAGGAGGAGAUGGCCCUUGUUGAUUCGGAUAAGUUGCUCAGAAAUGAACAAGGCCUCGCGAGCAAGGAUUAUGAUUUGAAACACUAUGACCAAGUUGGAGGGUAUCUAACGAGGGAGGAUGAUGAAGGGAAGGAUGGGGAGAAUAGUUUUGUUGUUGUG